AUGGAUUCAUAUCAUGGUCGUCAUACUAUUUCCCUUCCUUUGGGUAAAGAAUUGGAAGCAAAAUGGACGGAUAAUGGUGAAGCGUUGCUUCAACCUCAUCUUCUCAAGGCAUCCUGGGCCUUGUUGCUUGGCAGGCUCUCGGAAACACAAACGACAACAUUUGCAGUGUCGGAACAACUGGUAGCCCCUCCAAGGGAUGCGUGUUCAAAAUUAGUGGCUGCAUCCCCACACUUAGAGACCUGGGCAAUAUCAGACAGUCCGGGUAGUCUCUUGGUGGAUGCAGCAAAGGAAACGCACAGAGAACCUCUUUCGGGCACACAGACCUCCACGGGUGUGGUCAUCAGGUGGCAUGAUGAACCGAACGGUCCGACGUCUCUGCCCUGUGGAUUCAAUACAAUGAUUGUUUUGGACUGCAGUAUAUCACCCGCCCAAGUAUACAUGGAAUACUCAAGGACAUCUCUCACGGUGAACCAAGCCUGGUCACAAUUAACGGCUAUGGUUCACAUUCUAGAGCAAAUGGUUAUGAACCCAGGGUUAUCACUCCGAGAGGUAGAUUUCCUUGGCUCGUACAGCUCCAGAUUGAUCCGGCAAUGGAACAACCCGUACUCACUCGCACGACCACAAGUAUGCAUUCAUACCUUGAUCCUAGAGCAUUGCCGGAGCCAACCCAGUUCCGAGGCACUGUGUGCUUGGGAUGGUUCCGUGACGUAUGCGGAGCUUGAUCAAUUUUCACUCGCAGUCGCACUCCAGCUGCUGUCACUUGGUGUUGGCCCAGAGUCAGUAGUGCCGCUCUACUUCGAAAAAUCGCGUUGGACGGUUGUCGCCAUGCUUGGAGUGCUGAGAGCAGGGGGUGCUUUUGUUCUCCUCGAUCCCUCCCACCCUAUGGCUCGUCUGGCCGAGAUUUGCUCGGAGGUGCAGGCACCACUUGCCAUCGCCUCAGAGUCAUUGGAGGACCUGGGUCGGCAGCUGGGUCCUCAAGUUAUAACGGUACUCGACACAGUCAAGAGUCACAUAGAUACAAGCAAAAACGCCUUUAACUCAUCUGUCAAGCCUUCAAAUGCUGCAUACGUCGCCUUUACUUCCGGCUCCACCGGGAAGCCCAAAGGGAUCGUGAUUGAACAUCAGUGCUUCGUUGCAAAUACGUUGGCUCAAAAUGCAGUCCAAAAUAUUAAUAGCCAAACACGGGCAUUUCAGUUUGCCUCCUAUGGGUUUGAUAGCAGUAUUCUUGAAACACUCAUGACUUUGGUGGCGGGUGGUUGCGUCUGUAUACCCUCGGAGAAGCAGCGGCUCAACGGCCUGGCAGAUGCUAUCCGUGUGAUGCGAGCCAACUGGCUCGAACUGACUCCAUCUGUUGCACGGUUCAUCAACCCUGAAGAGGUACCGGACGUGAAAUCUGUCUUGCUUGUCGGAGAGCCCAUGUCUCAAGACCACAUCACACAAUGGUCGGGGUCGGGGAAGAUCCAACUCCUCAACGCAUACGGCCCCGCCGAGUGCAGUGUGGUGGCCACUGUGCAGCCCCAUGUGCAACUGGAAGAUCCCCAAAAUAUCGGCCGCUCAUACAGCAGUCACUGUUGGAUCGUCAAUCCUCAUGAUCAUGAUCAGCUAGAGCCCCUGGGUGCGGUGGGAGAGUUACUCAUCAGCGGACCAAUCGUGGCCCGAGGCUAUCUCAAUCAGCCCCACCAGAAAUCAUUCAUCUCCAACCCUCGUUGGGCGACGCGAUUCGGCAUUCCUCCCGGUGAACGCGUUUAUAAAACAGGAGAUCUUGUGCGAUAUACCCUCGACGAUGGCGCGCUGCGAUAUGUUGGGCGCAAAGACCGAGAGGUGAAAAUCCACGGGCAACGGGUUGACCUACAGGAAAUUGAACAUCAUGCCUCCCAGUUUCAGAAGGGAAUACUUGCGGUGGCCGAUGUGAUUCAAGUCAAUGGCAGCAGCGCGGGGAAACUCCUUGCGUUGUUCAUUGCUGCAGAUAAUGAUGAAACUCACAUGACGAAGGAAAGCUUCGUUGUCCCCAUGAAUGACACCCUCCUCGACUUGGUGACCGACAUCAAACGCUGGCUUCGUGACUGUUUACCGCCAUACAUGAUCCCAACCAAAUAUAGGUUCGUCAAUCGCUUUCCCUUAACGAGAACUGGCAAACUCGAUCGACGAGCCUUGAUCGAUCUUGGAGCAGCAUCCAGUCCCUCGCCGUCUGGAGAGCACCCAUCAAAUAAGCGUGAUAAACGGGAUGUCGAGCUGGACCCCGAGCUUUUCGUCAAGCAAAACACCCUCUGCUCAGUUUUUGCUGAGGUCUUGGGCCUAGAAACGAACAUCAGCGCUGAAGAUGGUUUCUACGACAUGGGAGGGAAUUCAUUGGCUGCUAUCGAGCUGGUAGCCCGUGCACGCAAGCGUGGUCUGGAGAUCACAGUGGCGGAUGUCAUUCGUUUUCAAAAUCCACGAGAGAUCGCGCGAUGUACCGUGGAAAGCAAAGAGAUUCACGAGAUCUCGCCAUUCUCUCUUCUCGUGGAUACCGAACAGAGUCUAUCCGCCGCCACCGCCCAGUGUGGCAUUGAAAGAGAUGUGAUUGAAGACAUUUACCCUUGCACUCCUCUGCAGGAAGGCCUCAUGCAUCUGUCCAUCAAGAACCCGGGGGCUUUCAUGGGCACAUACCGAUUCUCCUUGGCUCCUUCUACGAACCUGCAUCGGAUCUGGGCUGCAUGGGAACAGCUUUGGCUCGUACAUCCCAUCCUCCGAACACGCAUCAUCCAACUUCAGGAUGGUCAAAAGCUUCAAGUAGUCACCAAGCAAAAGUCCCCAUGCAAGGAUAUUUCAGCCAUGAAUGAUUCCCAGCCCAUGAGCUUGGGGACUCCCCUUGCGCGCGUGUCAUUCCAUUCUGGACGAAUUUCCAGUGGACCGGACUCAGGCAUAUUCCUGUUGACCAUGCACCACGCUCUUUUUGAUGGAUGGUCAUAUCUGCAACUGCUCGAGGAUCUCCAGGUGAUUUACAAUGGGGACAUGCCGCCGCCACGCCCUGCCUUCAAUCAUGUCAUUAAUUACAUCUCCAAGUUGAGCAUUGAGGAAGUUCGCUCUUUUUGGAGUCAAAAGUUGGAUAAUUUCCAAGCAACAAUGUUCCCUAUCUCUUCCCGGCGGCCAGCCGCGUUACCACAUUGGCAAGUCAGAAGCCAGCAAAUUAUACUGGCCAAGUCAGAUAUGAACUGGACGCUCGCCAAUAAAAUCAAAUUAGCCUGGGCUCUUGUGAUCUCUUCUCAAACUCACUCAAAUGACGUGGUGUACGGAUUGACGGUCUCGGGCCGGAAUGCCCCAGUUCCAGAGAUCGAUCGUAUUUCUGGGCCAACUUUUGCAACAUACCCUUUCCGGACGCAGCUUGAUGAUGAGAUAUCGGUGGAAGAUAUGUUGAUUCAAAUGAGACAGCACGACGUCUCCAUCAUGCCAUUUGAGCAUAUUGGUCUCAGGCGUAUCGCGGAGUCAAGUUCAGACGCGGCCCUGGCUUGUGGAUUCCAGAAUCUUCUCACCAUCAGGCUGCAAUCUCUUCAAAUUCCUGCGGGCGCCUUGAUCGGUUUACCUGAGAGCGAGGACCAUGACCUGAAGUUUGCGUCGUAUCCCUUGUCAAUCGUCGCCCAGCAGGAAGGCAAAUCGCUGGAGGUCAAGGCCAUCUUUAAUAGCUGCAUUCUGGGCCCUGAUAGGACUGAGGCACUCUUAGAGCAGUUUGAUACGUUGUUGCAGCGAAUCCUUCGGGAGCCCGCAGCAAAAAUGAGGGACCUGAGAAGUCAGCUUGCGCCCGAGUGGCAGCAAUUAGCGGCGAUUAACAGAAAGAGUCUGCCCCACCUCCAUUGCCUACACGAUGUCAUCCAGGGCUUUGGCGUCACCCAACCAAACUCAGAGGCCGUCUGCGCAUGGGAUGGCUCGCUGACAUAUAAAGGACUUGUCGCCUUGGCGCGGAGAUUGGCAGGCCAUCUCCAGUCUUUCGGAUCCGGGUCGGAACCUGGUGUGGUCGUCGGGAUUUGCGUUGAAAGAUCGAAAUGGUUCCCCGUUGCCAUCCUAGGUGUCAUGAUGUCUGGAGCCGCCAUGGUUUUGUUAGAACCCAACUUCCCCGUCCAGCGUUUGCAGCUUAUCUUGCGAGACGCCGGGGCGCGAACGAUGAUAUGCUCUCCGGUAUUCCAAGAGAGGUGCACAGGCUUGGUCAAUGAUCUGUUGGUUCUGACUCCCGAUAUCGUGGCCCAAGCGGACUACGACGCGUGGACUCCAUCAGCGGUGUCUCAUCAAGAUCCAAUGUACGUUGCUUUUACAUCCGGAUCAACGGGUGCCCCAAAGGGUGUUGUGAUCGAGCAUGGCAUGGUACAUUCGAUGCUCGAGGCGCACAAGGACGUCAUCGGUGCAUCAAUCGCGUCCCGGGGCUUGCUUUUCGCCUCGCCCGCGUUUGAUAUCUGCCUUGCUGAGAUUGUUCUUCUCCUCGGUGCGGGAGGCUGCGUCUGUGUGCCUUCUGAAGCUCAACGCAUGAACGGCUUGGCGAAGACGAUGACAACCAUGCAGGUCAACAUGGCUAUGCUGACCCCUUCGGUGGCGCGAACUCUCUCGCCAAUGGCGGUCCCUUGUCUUCAAACCCUUAUUCUUGGAGGGGAGGCACCAUCAGCCUCUGAUCUGGCGACAUGGGCUUCACGAGUCCAGCUGCAUCAAUCCUACGGGCCGGCGGAGUGCGCUAUGUACACGACCACUACACCGCCAUUGACUCCCAGCUCGGAUUUGGGCAACGUCGGAUCUUCUCCCAACGCAUCUUGCUGGAUCGUUGACCCGGACAACCAUGAUGAGCUUCAGCCUGUGGGCUCGGUAGGAGAGCUCCUGAUCGCUGGGCCGAUUGUUGGAAGAGGGUAUAUCAACCGACCCCAGGAGUCUGCAGCGGCCUUCAUUCGUGAUCCUGUCUGGAGCGAAAAAUUCCCCUUCUUGCGAGGAGACCGACUUUACAAGACUGGAGAUCUUGCUGUCUUGAACGCAGAUGGGUCUUUAACUUUGAUAGGCCGAAAGGAUACACAGGUCAAGCUCAAUGGGCAACGGAUUGAGCUGCACGAGAUUGAGCAUUGUGCCGAGAGAUACCAACACGGUACCGGGGUCAUUGCGGAAUUGAUAAAGCCUGUGGGCAUCCUGAGACCCAGACUUAUCAUGUUCGUCUAUGAUCCUGCGACGGUAGAAAUGACGGUGGGUAUCAACCCUGCUUGUCAUGACCAUCGGGAAGUGUUUCUCUCGCCGUCAACACAAAAUCAAGCUUACCUUGAAGGUGUAAAACACCAUCUUAACCAACACCUUCCACCGUAUAUGAUUCCUUCCUUUUUCCUUUCGCUAUCUCGUCUGCCGCUUAGCCCAAGUGGCAAGGCCGACCGCAAGACACUACGCCAGAUUGCAUCAAAAAUGGAUAGAGUGACACUGGAGAUGUAUCUGGACAAUCCGGUGGCAGAUAAAAGGGAGCCAAUUACAGAGCAAGAGCGAUUCGUCCGUGCAAGUUUUGCCACAGCCCUGUCAUUAAAUGAGGAGGCCAUUGGUAUGGAAGAUAACUUCUUCGCUCUCGGAGGCGAUUCCAUCACUGCCAUGCGGGUGCUCACUUUGUGUCGGAGAAGAAACAUGGCCAUCUCAAUGCAGGAAUUCCUCUCAAAGAACACUGUAUCCUUAUUUUGCAAACAUGUCAGUGUGAUCCAGGGCCAGGCCGUUGAUUCCAAGCGCCAGAAACUCCUGAAUUCCCAAGACUCCGUUCGGGGAAAAGAUCAUCUCGUCGAGUUUGAGCACAUCGAUUACCAACUGGAUAUGGUUCGAUCUCAGUUGAAUUUGUUGAAAUCGGAUUCCAUCGAGGAAAUCUACCCGUGCUCUGACGCCCACAGUGGUGUGUUAGAGCUCUAUACCUCCAACUACACGAGCACUGCAAUUUUCGAAGUUUGCCCGACGGGAUCAGUGACUCCGAUGCAGGUGAGCAACGCUUGGAGUCAACUAGUGCACCGUCAUGUCGCCUUGCGGACGGUUCUCAUGAAAGAGCCAAAGGUUCACGCAGAUUAUCUUCACGUGGUUCUCGACAAAGGACCAGCUCAAAUUCUUGCUCUUCCUCGCAGCAAGAAUGCCCUUUCGGAACUGAAAAGUCUCGAACCAGUGCAAUCCUGGGGCCUGUCACCACCACACCGGUUAAUUCUCGGGCAGGACCACUCUGGGACCGUCUUCAUGAGGCUAGAAACGGGCUGUGCUUUGAUUGACGCCUUUUCCAUGACCAUUCUACUCGAGGAGCUUUCUCUCGUGCUCCAGGGUCAGGCCUUGCCAGAGCAAGGAGUUUCGUAUCGUCAAUAUCUGUCCCAUCUGCGCAGUCAGUCACCUGCCGAAACACUGCAAUACUGGACACAGACUCUUUAUGGAGUUUACCCUUCCCAACUCCCCAGACUACCUGCCAAGCAGUCCCCUCUGCCUGAACCUCGCUCGCAGAGCCGCUGCCUGCCAUUUGCGCAAUCAAAGUGUCUAGAUUCCUUCUGGCGCUCCAAUAAUAUCACCAUCACCAACGUUUUCCAGCUGGCAUGGGCCUUAACACUCACCCACUAUACCAAUUCCCGUGAUGUGUGCUUCGGAACCAUCACCUCGGGGCGUGAUACCCCCGGCCUUGAAGUAUGGAACAUUGUUGGGUCAUUCUUCAAUGUUCUUCCGUGUCGAAUUGCGAUUGAUCCCACGCGCACGGUGAUCGAAUCUCUCCGACAGAACCAGGAGGAUAUUCAGCGUCGAAAUGAUCACCAGUACUGUUCCAUGCCAGAUACAAUUCGCAAAUCAGGCAUAAGCAGUAUGGACGAUGACCAGCAGCUGUUUAAUACAGUUCUGACAGUGCAGAAUCCAUUCUCAACACAGUCAUCUACUGCGAAAGAUGGGAGCAACGAGAUCGAUAUCAAACUGAUCGAUUUGGAGGAUGCAACUGAGUAUGACCUUUGCGUGGCUAUCCUUCCCUCCGCUUCCCACCUCACGGUGGAACUACGCUACUGGUCGACGACCGUAUCUGAGGAAUAUGCUUCUGAUAUCAUGGAUCGCCUAUUCAACCAGCUGGAACAGAUUGUGCAUCAUGCGACCAAGCCAUUGAGUGUCAUCACCAGCAUCGGGUGA